GGAUUCAUGCUUAAAGAUAACACUAUUUAUGUAUCUCACAGAAAUAUACAAAGAUUCAUAGCAGAAAUUAUUUUUCUCUCUCUAUCCUAAUGUUUCGAGUAAAGUUUGCAAAAUAUAUUGAACAGAAUAAAAGCCAUCGAACAUAUAAAGAACACCAACCAUCCUAACUCAUCAAUGUGAUAAGACUCUCUCUGUCUUUCUCUCUUUCUCUCUCUCUCUCUCUCUUUCUCUUGCUUUUGUUGUCACUAGCUCAUCUUUGUUCUCUAUUAUAGUUUCAAUUCAAGAAAAUCGAAUAUAAACCCUAUUUUACUUCGAUCGAUGUUAAUAUCUGUUUUUAUAUCAACCAACCAACGAAGAUAGGAUAAAAAUUAAAUCCACAAAGGCCUGAAACCAUGCGAAAUCACCACUCCCUUCGUCUCCAAUUGUUGUUCCGUACACUAUUUACGGUUGGUUUAGUCAGUACUCUACUUAUGAUCGAUGCGUUUGUAUUACAAAACAACAAGGAGGGCGACAAAACAAAAGAGAUUACUACAGCUGUGAACAUGAAAAACUCCGAUACCAAGGAUAUACAACAAGAGCUUGAAGAUGGUUCAGGAAACGGCGAUCUUAGCUACGUAGCGGGCAAAAGAAAAGUGCCUCGUGGGCCUGAUCCUAUACACAACAGGAGAGCAGGGAAUUCAAGAAGACCACCGGGGAGAGCAUAAGUACGGUGAAAACUUAGGGAAGAAGCAGAGAGAGAGAGAGAGAGAAGUAUAAUUGUUGGCAAAUUAAUAUAGGUCUUGUAAUGCUGCUAGAUUCUCUUUUCCUUUCAUUUGGGAUCGAAUCUCUUAAAUAUGCUCAAAAUAUUUGUGACCCUACACUUCUAUUUUUUUAAUGUUUGUUUUGUUCCUA